AUGGAAGGAAGUUCUUCUAGUACAAGAGGUAAGGCCAUGCAAGCUAAGGAAGAGAAAGGCAAAGAGGAUGUCCGGUACCGGGGUGUCCGGAGGCGGCCUUGGGGGAAGUUUGCAGCUGAAAUACGUGAUCCCUCGAAGCAGGGAGCGCGCUUAUGGCUCGGAACAUUCGAUAACCCUGAGGCCGCAGCCCGAGCUUAUGACCGCGCCGCCUUUAGAUUUAAGGGUCAUCUUGCAAUAUUGAAUUUCCCAAAUGAGUACUACUCUCAACUCACUAUUCCUCCUUAUAAUCCAACAUUUACUAAAUUUUCAUCCUCGUCUUCAUCGUAUUCUCAUCCAACGGCAGAAGGACAAGAGAAGAUUGAGUUGGAAUGUUUGGACGAUAUAGUUUUGGAAGAGCUUCUUGAAUCCUCAGAAAAGAAGAAGAAAUCAGAGAGAGAUUGA